GGACGAGAGUAUCUGCAAUUUUUCAAUUGUAUGCUAUUUAUGCUACUGUUAUUGCAUUUGUUCAAGCAUUGCGUACAGAAUUUGAAAUCCUCACUCAUAUUGAGAAAUCGAUAGCUUUGAGGUUGUUCUUUUCGUCAUCAAGCCUCGCCGAGGUUACACAACCACACGACAGUCGAUCCUUCAAAAUCUGAGAUAUAAUGGCAUCAACUACAGAAUCGCCCAGAUUAAUCGAGUCCUUUCAUAAUGCACUACUUAAUACCCACCAGAAUCCCUGUGCAGAAGUACAGAAUCCUCCCAACUGCGAGAAACGUGCCUCGGUAGCCGUCAUCCUUCGAGUCCGUCCCCAAUAUAAACACCUGCCACAAUCGCCGGUCACAGUAACCGAUAAGACAGCUUCAACCCCUCAGCAAUUGAGCAAAUUCUUUGCUCAAGACUGGGUGCAACAUGGUGAUCCAGAAUUGUUAUUCAUCAAAAGAGCAUCGAGAGUUGGCGAUCGAUGGACUGGACAUGUAGCGCUUCCCGGAGGAAAACGAGACCUCGAAGAUGAAGAUGAUAAGGCGACUGCUGUGAGAGAAGCGCAGGAAGAGAUUGGGCUGGAUCUAAAUAAGGAGGACUUGAUAUUCAUCGGUAAUCUGCCCGAGCGUGUGGUUACUACCUCAUUUGGCAGUGUUCCGCUGAUGGUAUUGUGCCCGUUUAUAUUCCUCUUGACAUCCAAUAUCUCUCCGAAUCUCACUCUCCAGCCCACCGAAGUCGCGUCGACACAUUGGGUCUCGUUAAGAGCUCUUCUAUCACCGUCACUGCGUUCCGUCGAACACGUCAAUGUCUCAGCCCGCUAUGCCAAACAAAAUAGGUUGAUCCGAUGGGGUUCAUCGCGCUGGAUGACUGGCAUGAUGGAAUUCUCGGCUCUAAGACUCCUCCCUACAGAAAGUCUAUAUUGCAGCUCUACUCCGGGCUUUCUCCCGGACGAAUCCCAUCAAACGAGACCAUUUAUACUCCAGAGAUUCAAUCCCUGGGCCGCGCGGCCAGCAGCGUAUGGUGACAAGAACAGAGAACUGCUGCUAUGGGGUCUUACAUUAGGCAUUAUGGCAGAUUUCCUAGACUUGCUGCCCCCUCAUAAUGCUAUUGAUCUUUGGAAGCAUCCUACAUUUACGGCUCCUGAUUUACGACUUAUUGUGUCGCUUCUCACUUAUUCUAUUCGCAAGAGGAAUGCGGCGAAGGUGAAAGCGGCUCGAAGGCCCAGUCAGACUGCAGCGGAUGACUCGACGAUCGCGCUGUCAUAUGAGGAAGAUGGACAGAGUGACAAUGCGAAUAAUGAGAAGGAUUCUUCUGUUUCUGGGCAUGAACAUGCCACUGCUAUCUUACUACAAGGCUACUAUGACCGUCUACGGCUGUCGUUGGGUGUCUUUGCUGUGUGGAGACUGGCAUUGGGAUCAGUUGGGGCAUAUUACAUUUGGAAGCAGUUGCGACCGCGUUGAUAGACCUUGAUACAUUGUACAAAAUAGGUUUUGAACAUAGCCAACUACUUAGUUAAUGAACAGAACACUUGAUGGAUU